AUUACAUCCUUUUACCAUCAAGACGUAUUCUAGAAUCGUGAAUUAAGUUUAAAUGUCGGAAAAAGUUGCUAUAGUGACUGGAGCGAACAAAGGUAUAGGCCUCGCUGUUGUAAAAGGCCUUUGUAAUCGAUUCAGGGGUACAGUUUACUUAACGUCCAGAGAUGAGGAAAGAGGUUUAAAAGCUGUUGAAACUCUUCAAGAAUUAGGAUUAACGCCCACAUUCCACAAACUUGACGUAAGCGACGAAUAUAGUGUAAAAGAAUUCUCAGAUUUUAUUAAAAAUAAACAUGGCGGCUUUGAUGUUCUUAUCAAUAAUGCGGCUAUUCUUGAGUGGGAACAAGUAUAUCCAUCGUACGAGGCCGCGAAACGUAAUAUUGAUGUUAAUUAUCGCAGCUUGCUGUUAAUUGAGCAAUUCUUAUAUCCUCUGCUACGAGAUGGCGCUAGAGUCGUUAAUAUUUCAAGUGCUUGUGGACAUCUAUCAAAUUUAAAAAAUAAAAAAUGGUUGGAUGUUUUCACCCGUCAAGAUUUCACCACAGAAGACAUAAAUAGAUUUGUUGAUGAAUAUUUAAUAAGUGUGCGAAACGGAACGUUCAACCGAGACGACUUUGCUGAUGGCGGAAAACAUGCUGAACAUCGUGUAUCAAAGAUCGCUGUUACUGCAUUAACUAUGGUACAACAGAGAAAAUAUCCAAAUAUUUCUAUUAAUGCCGUACAUCCAGGUCACGUGAAAACCGACAUGGCCCUUGGUGUAGGCGACAUCGAACCGGAUGAUGCAGCCAAAACAAUUCUAUACCUUAUUUUUGACGCUUCACCCAAUCUUAAAGGAACCUUUAUGUGGUAUAACAGGAAGCUGGUUGAUUGGUUUGACAUUGAAGGGGAUUAUUAUUAUCAACACGGCGAAUAGAACCUAUAUAUUCUAAUUAUCUAUUAUAAAUAUUCAAUGAAAUUAUCUAUUAUUAUAAACCUUCAA